UGAUUACUUCAUGUAAUCAGAUGUACCUAAUUGUAACUUUAAAUAAAAUUUAAUUGACAGUUUUAUUAAUCACGAGUACUUGCAUAAUUUAAUUAAAAUAUGUGAACUAUUUUAUUUAUUUUACAUGUGUACUUAAUUUUAUUUAUAAGAUUUCUAAAUGGCCUGCAGGCUAUUCAAAUGGGCAGAUUUGGCCCAAAAAUGUACCUUAGCAGUCAUUUUUGUUGCAUUGUGGGGUAUUGCAUUUACAUUAUUUGGUGAAGAUGUUGGACCUCAAAGUGAUACUGUCAUGCUUUGUACUCUUUUUAUUGGUGCCAAGAUUUUUGGAUAUCUGGUCUCAUUAUUAAAAUGUCCACCUAUUCUUGGUCAAAUGUUUUUUGGAAUACUUUUACAAAAUGUGGGGUACUUUAAUUUAAGUCCACCGUUUAAGCAGUUUGCUGCAAUUUUAAGACAACUCGCGUUAAUAAAUAUUAUGUUACCGGCUGGUUUAAAUUUAAAUGCUGAUGUACUUAAGAGCAAUGGCAUUAUUGUUAUUCUUUUAGCUAUUGUUCCAGCAUUGAUCGAAGUGUUAAUUAUGGCUGGUUUAGCUUUAUUGUUACAUAUUAAACUCGUGUGGGCAAUAUUAAUGGGUCUUAUUCUAGCUGCUGUAUCGCCUAGUGUUAUUUUUCCAUGUUUAUUUCAUUUGGAGGAUAAUGGUUAUGGAUUAAAUAAGGGCGUUAACACGCUAGUGGUAGCAUCGUCGACUUUAAAUGAUAUCGUUUCUAUUGCAGUUUUUGUGGCCCAUCUAAGUAUAAUAUUUUCAAAAGAUGGCUCAAAUUCUGAAUUGUGGCGUGGACCAGUAGGAUUUAUAAUUGGAUUUAUAUUUGGAAUAAUUUGGGGUAUUCUUGCACGUUUAAUUCCUGAUAAGUCUGAUAAUUUUGUUGUGAUACUACGAACAUUACUAAUAGGAAUUGGAAGUGUUUUAGUUUGUAUGGCAAGUGAUGCGCUAGGUUUUAGUAGUGCCGGAGUAUUAGGAUGUAUUGUUUCAGCUUUUGUUGCAUCUCAAGGAUGGCGUAGAGAAGGAUGGAUUGGAGAUAAGAAUCCAGUCAAAUAUAAUUUUAUGAUAUUAUGGAAAUUUUUUGAACCAAUAUCCUUUGGUCUAAUUGGCGUUGGAGUCAAAUUUCAUCUGUUACAUGGUUUAGCCAUUCUAUACCUUUUAGGUUUUUCUCUAAUUGCAUUAAUUGGUCGCAUAAUUUCCACAUACGCGAUUGUAUAUUUUAAAGACUUCUCUGGAAAGGAAAAAAUAUUUUUCGCCUUAUCUGCUAUACCGAAGGCUACCGUUCAAGCAGCACUUGGUCCGGCAGCUUUAGAUAAAGCAACAACGGAAGAUGAAGAAAAAAAUGCCAUGAAUGUUUUAGUUUUAUCUGUUCUGUCGAUAAUAAUAACAGCUCCAAUUGGUGCUUGGUUAAUAUUAACAUUUGGACCAAAAUUAUUACCGCGUAAGGCUAACGAACAAAACGAACUCCAAGGUGGUGAUGAUGAUAUAUCUUGACAUCCACUGCUUGGAAGUAAUAAGGCUAAAGAACAAUUUAGACAAAGAUAUGUGUAUUAAUUUUAAGUAAAUAAUUAUUUUUUUGUACUUAUGUAUUUAGUACUUAAUUAAAUGUAGAAUUAAGUCUGA